AUGAAGGUUUCUGAUAUUGUGUUGGCUGCUUUUCCAGUCUUAGCAGUUGCUACCAAUGUAUGGUCGCCAGAACCUACGGACAAAAGGGAAGCUAAGUUCUCUGUUUUGGAAGACUAUUUGGAUUAUGUCUUGCAAAUUAACACUGAACAAACACCACCUGAUUGGAAGUUCACUUCCGAGUUGCAACGUGAGUUUGGAGAUAAAUGGAACCAUUUGAUUGUUACCAUGGAUGACUAUCCAUCAUUCGACCAAUCCAAGCUUCUUUCGCGUUCUCACCAAGAAGAUGUCGAUGAACAUAAGCUUGAAGCAAUUAUUCAAUCAUCUUCAUGGAAAUCCAUGACUCCAAGCUUGAAAUCAGCACAUAACAAGUACCUUCUGAAGUUUUCAGGAUUUGAUAAUAGACUACAAACUAUUUGGAACUACGCUUCAAAUUCUCCUAAAGUUAUGUGGUCCAACAAUGACUACGAUUGGGUGGAAAAUAUCCCUAUUGUUGUGGAUGAACUUUCUCAAUUGGUUAGAAUCACUGAAACAGUCUCAAAGGCGUCCAAUCCUAGGGAAGGAGAAUCGUUUGUGUUCCAUUCUCAAGCUCUUAGAUUAAUUUCUGAAAAAUAUGGAAGAAACAGUGAUGAAUUGAAGCAAUUAGAAGUUGAUUUGAAGAACUUAUUGGAAAAAUUGACUCACAAGUUCAACGUUUAUCUUGUUAACAUUGCUCCUAAACAUACAGUUGAAGAAAUAAGUAAACGGAAUGAACAAUUGGAAACAGUAUUCAAACGUGUUGAAGAUACUUCCUGUUUUAGUUCUGAAGAAGCUUGUCAAGUGUCUACAUCUAAUUGCAAUAACCAUGGUGUUUGCACUAUGUCCAAGUCCAAGGGUUGCUGGUCAUGUUUAUGCUCUCCUACUGUUGAUAAGAAGAAGGGAACCGUUUCUUGGGCUGGGUAUGACUGUAGUAAAAAGGACGUAUCGUUUCAAGCAAACUUGUUUAUCUGGACUGGUAUUGCUGCUACAUUAGUCAUUGCUGGUGGUGUUAGUUUUUUGUUUUCCUUGGGAUCUGAACCUCUUCCGGGUGUAUUGGACGCUAUGACUAAGAAGAGUACUUAG